CACCAACGGUCAAAGCAAGAUGGAAGAUCUAAAGAUUGCCAUCAUUGGCCAGAGUAACUUCGCGGCGGAAGUGCUCGAGUUGCUGCUCGAGCGAGACCACCUCGUGGUCGGUGUGUUCACGAUCGCCGACAAGGGCAACCGGGAGGAUGUGCUAGCGACCACCGCUCGCCUGCAUCGUAUACCCGUCUUCAAGUUUUCUGCCUGGCGUCGCAAAGGUGUCCCGAUCCCGGAGGUGCUCGAAAAGUAUCGCUCCGUUGGGGCCAACCUGAACGUGCUCCCCUUUUGCAGCCAGUUCAUACCGAUGGAGGUGAUCGAUGGUGCAUCGUACGGUAGUAUCUGUUACCACCCGUCCAUCCUGCCUCUGCACCGUGGUGCCAGUGCGAUCUCCUGGACCCUAAUCAACGGUGAUGAGCGGGCCGGCUUUUCAAUCUUCUGGGCCGAUGAUGGUCUCGAUACGGGGCCGAUCCUACUCCAAAAACAAUGCCCAGUGUACAGUGACGAUACGCUCGAUACGCUGUACAAACGGUUCCUCUAUCCGGAAGGUGUAACAGCAAUGGGUAAAGCGGUGGACAUGAUAGCCGCCGGAACGGCACCGAAAAUCCCACAGACGGAAAUCGGUGCUAGUUACGAUCCGGCCCUGUUCCGGGAGGAGAACCAGUACCUCGAUUUCAACAAGCGAGCACUCGACAUUUUUAACUUCAUUCGCGGUCUGGACUCGGUCCCUGGUGCACUGGCGAUCAUCGAAAGCGAAGACGGCGCAGAAGUGCCGGUCCGCCUGUUCGGUGCCUCACUGAGCGCACGCCGUAGCCUGGCCAGUGGGCAACCGAUCCGCUUCAAGGGUGCUUCCGGUGAGGCGUACGUUACCAAGGAGGGCAUCUUCAUUAUCGGCACCGACGACAAGCUGGUGAAGGUGAAACGGCUGAAGCGAGGCAACAAGAUGAUUCAGGCGAGCGAAUGGUUCGCGCAGGCCGCUGCCAAACCGAUCGAACCGCUCGUGUUGACCGAGAAGGAACAGGAGCUGGAAACGAUUCUUCGUUCGAUCUGGAAAUCGAUCCUUAAGCUGGAGAUCGAGCCGGAAACGGACUUUUUUGCCAGCGGUGCCGGUUCGAUGGAUGUGGUGCGGUUGGUGGAGGAAGUCAAGGAAACGCUCGAAGUGCCGAUCGCCAACGAGACGCUCUUCAUGGCACCGACUUACGGUGAGUUUCUACAGGAAGUGGUGACCCUGCUUCGCCGUGAAGAUGGCAACCGGGAACAACCGAACGGCCGUGACAUCGCACUCGAUUCCACCUUCAAGCAUGUCCUGCUGAAGGCAAACAAGCGUGAGAUUCGCGUUCCAACGCAGCUCUUCAUCAAUGGCCGCUUCGUAGACGCGGAGAGUGGGAAAACGUUACCGAUUGUGAAUCCUUCGACGGAGCAGGUGCUCUGUGAGGUCGCUGCGGGUUCCAAGAACGACGUGAGCGCGGCAGUCGAGAGUGCGGACGAAGCGUUCCGUACCGUGUGGUCGUCGAGUGUUUCGGCACGGGAGCGUGGCCAGCUGAUGUACCGGUUGGCGGAUCUGAUGGAGCAACACAAGGAAGAACUGGCGACGAUCGAAUCGAUCGACUCGGGAGCGGUUUAUACGCUCGCGCUGAAAACACACGUCGGUAUGUCGAUCGAUGCCUGGCGUUAUUAUGCCGGUUGGGCGGACAAAAUCGAAGGUAGCACGAUACCGGUGAGCCCGGCGAAACCGAACCAUGUGCUGACGUUUACCAAAAGGGAACCGAUCGGUGUGUGCGCGUUGAUCACUCCCUGGAACUAUCCGCUCAUGAUGCUGUCGUGGAAGAUGGCGGCUUGUAUUGCCGCGGGGAACACGGUGGUCAUCAAGCCGGCUCAGGUGUGCCCCCUGACGGCGCUCAAGUUUGCAGAGCUAACGGUGAGAGCUGGAUUUCCACCCGGAGUCAUUAACGUUGUGACCGGAACGGGAUCGUUGGCUGGGCAAGCGUUAGCCGACCAUCCGCUGGUACGGAAGCUGGGCUUUACCGGGUCAACACCGAUCGGGAAGCGCAUUAUGACGUCCUGUGCUGAGUCGAACAUAAAAAAGUGCUCGAUGGAACUGGGCGGAAAGUCACCGCUCGUCAUUUUCGCCGAUUGUGAACUGGAGAAAGCCGUCCGGCUUGGGAUGUCUUCGGUGUUUUUUAACAAGGGCGAGAAUUGCAUUGCCGCUGGGCGACUGUUUGUGGAGGACCGCAUUCACGAUGAGUUUGUGAGGAAGGUGAUUAAGGGCAUCCGGACGAUGAAGAUCGGUGAUCCGCUCGAUCGAGCGACGGCUCACGGUCCGCAGAACCAUCUGGCGCAUCUGCAGAAACUGCAGGAGUAUUGUGCGAUCGGAGUGAAGGAAGGUGCGACGCUGGUGUACGGUGGUAAGCGGGUGCCCAACAUGAAGGGACUGUUCUUUGAGCCAACCAUCUUCACCGACGUCGAGGAUCACAUGUACAUUGCUCGGGAGGAAUCCUUUGGUCCGAUUAUGGUCAUUUCCAAGUUUCAUGCUAGCGAUUUUGAUGCGCUGGUGGCACGUGCCAACAACACCGAGUACGGGCUGGCAAGUGGUGUGUUCACCAAGGAUCUGCAGAAGGCGAUGCGGUUUGCGGAGAAAAUCGAAGCCGGUACGGUGUUUGUGAACACGUACAACAAGACGGAUGUGGCGGCUCCGUUCGGUGGUUUCAAGCAGAGUGGAUUCGGCAAGGAUUUAGGAAAGGAAGCGUUGAACGAAUACCUGAAAACGAAAUGUGUGACUGUUGAGUACUGAUUUAAGUUCUAUUGUGAAAAUAACCCUCCACAUUACUGAAUAAAUAAAUUAUUUUUGUC